CUUCAUAUUUUGGGAAAAAAGGUCACGCGCUCUUGACGGACAUCGAAGACAAUAUCGGUAGAUUGUAGAAAAUUUCCGUCGACCAGUUUGAGUUUAGCGAAUUUGUAGUUUAAGUUUGGUAAUAGACUGAGCAAGAUGAAUAUCGGCUUGAGAUUAUUUUUUGUUGUAAUUUUGUCCUACGUCUGCAAUGCUCAGGGGUACCCCAAGGUAGUAUGCUAUUAUGAUGGAAAAGGCAACACUCGACAAGGACAAGCCAAAUUCGACAUAGCCUACCUGGAACCGGCCCUGCAAUUCUGCACCCACUUGAUCUACGGCUACGCAGGAAUCGACCCUCAAACCUACAAGAUAAAGCCCCUUAACGAUCAUCUGGACGUCCAGCAGCACAAUUUCCAGCAGAUCACCAAUCUGAAGAAGCGCUUCCAAGGGCUGAGGGUGCUGCUUUCCGUUGGAGGCGAUAGAGACGUGAUACCGGACACUGAUAAGGCCCUUACCUACACUAACCUUCUAGAAGUCUCAGAUAGAAGGCAUACGUUCAUAAGCUCAGCCAAAGAUUUCAUUAAAAACUACGGUUUCGAUGGCAUUGACUUGGCCUGGCAAAUGCCCAGGACCAAACCAAAGAAGAUCCACAGUGCUAUCAAAAAAUUCUUCAUCGGCAUCAAGCACGUCUUCGCCGGGGAAUCCAUAGUAGACGAAAAAGCCGCAGAACACAGAGAACAAUUCACGACCUUCGUUAGGGAUUUCAGAACUGCCUUGAGACGCGACGCUCUCCUGCUUACCCUUUCUGUGUUACCUAACGUCAACAGCACAGUGUAUUACGACGUUCAUCAAAUAGCCCCUCUACUCGAUUUUGUGACCCUACAGAACUUCGAUUUCUACGAACCUGAACGCAACCCCUACGAAGCCGAUUACACCAGCCCCUUGUAUGAUGUAUAUGGUAGAAAAGUCGACGAAAAUGGCGAUUUCCAAGUCAGAUAUUGGUUAUCCAAGGGCUGCCCGGGCAACAAAAUCAUCUACGGCCUGCAAACCUUCGGUCGUACAUGGAAGCUGAGCAGCGCUUCUGGGGAAACCGGCACCCCUCCGGUGACGAUCGACAGCGGCGCUGGAGAAGCUGGCGUCUACACGCAGGAGCCCGGUUUGCUGAGCUACAACGAGGUCUGCGCCAAGCUGCCCACGACCGCUGAAAUCCGCGCCGGCUACGUGGGGAAACUGAGGAAAGUCAACGAUCCCACGCCGAAGAAAGCCGCCGCAGAUGAGAGCUGGCAAACCAUUGAUGUAACGAAACGUUUCGGAACCUACGCUUACAAGCUGCCGAAGGACGGACAAGAUGGUAUUUGGGUGUCCUUCCAGGAUCCCGACACUGCCGCGCAGAUAGCGAGCUACAUAAGGUCCAGAGGUUUGGGCGGUGUGGCCAUCGUGGAUUUGACUUUGGACGAUUUCAAGGGUCUUUGCACGGGCAACAAGUACCCGAUUUUGAGGGCUUCGGCCAACAUGAAUUUGUAGAUGAAUUUGUAGAUUAUGUGAUUCGUGUUGAUUUUACUGAUGUUUUAAUAAAGAGAUAAGAACUG